CUGACGCGGAAAUCAGGAAUGGCGCAGUCACAAUCAUAACAAAAAUUUCGUUUGUGGGUGGUGUGGAGCGCUUGGUGGAGCGGGCGGGGAUCGGCGGAUCGAUAAACUGUUGUGGUUGCCGUGUUGACACGAGCUCGGUUCUUCUGCAAUUUUACGACUUUUUUGCGUAUUUAUCUUGCUCUUCAUUCCUAGCGGCUUUUUGAAGUCUGAGGUCUUGUGAUCAGCGAGGAUGGCGGAUCAGGAGCUGCGUAGGCGUCACCCCAAUGAGAAGGGCGACCCCGAUAUUGACAGCGAGGCGGCUGACUCGGACGGACCGACUGAGGCCGUUGACUCGGAGUUGGAGGAUGUGGCCAAGACGGUCGGCCAGGGCACCGACUCCACGCCGGAGCUGCUGGAGGGGACGCUGGCAGCCCUGCCUCCCAGGUGGCGCAACUGGGUGAUCCGCGGCAUAUUCACCUGGGUUAUGAUAUUCGGGUUCGCCUGGAUCAUCUACAUGGGACCGCUGGCACUGAUGUGCAUUACUCUGGCGGUGCAGGUGAAGUGUUUCUCGGAGAUCAUAAACAUCGGUUAUGCCGUGUACCGCAUCCACGGACUGCCGUGGUUCCGAUCGCUCAGCUGGUGGUUCCUGCUCUGUUCCAACUACUUUUUCUACGGAGAGAGCCUGGUGGACUACUUUAUAGUGCUGGUUAAUAAACUGGAAUUUCUGCGAGUGCUCGUGACGUACCACCGUAUGAUCUCCUUCCUGCUGUACAUCGUCGGCUUCGUCUGGUUCGUGCUCUCCCUGGUGAAGAAGUACUACAUGAAGCAGUUCUCACUGUUCGCGUGGACCCACGUGGCGCUGCUGAUUGUGGUGACACAGAGCUACCUGAUAAUUCAGAAUAUCUUCGAGGGCAUGAUCUGGUUCAUCGUACCAGUCUCUAUGAUCAUCAUCAAUGACGUCAUGGCUUACAUGUUUGGCUUCUUCUUCGGAAGGACGCCCCUCAUCAAGCUAUCGCCUAAGAAGACAUGGGAGGGCUACCUUGGUGGAGGCUUUGCCACCGUGCUCAUGGGACUACUGCUCUCGCAGCAGCUGGCGCGGUACCCGUACUUCACCUGUCCUCUGGAGUACAGCGAAUCCAUGGACGGAGUUAGCUACCAGUGUGACCUACCGCCUCAGUUCCUACCGCAGGAGUACGCCCUGCCAGGCUGUCUGGCAACCCUCUGUAAACUGUUCGGCGCGUCUCCCACUCUGCGUUUCUCGCCGUUCCUGAUCCACGCCUUUGUGAUGGGUCUGUUCAGCUCCAUCAUAGGACCGUUCGGAGGAUUCUUCGCCAGCGGCUUCAAACGCGCCUUCAAAAUCAAGGAUUUCGGUGACCUGAUUCCCGGCCACGGGGGCAUCAUGGACAGGUUUGAUUGUCAAUUCCUGAUGGCCACAUUCGUCAACGUCUAUAUCUCGACCUUUGUCAAGUCGCCGUCACCGCAUAAAAUACUGCAGCAGGUAUAUACACUGAAACCGGAGCAGCAGCUGCAACUGUUCACCAUACUGCGUGAUCAGCUGACUGCCCGCGGCGUGCUCGGCUGAUCUGGUAACACUCAUCUGGCAACACUGAAUGAGACUGGUGACGUCAUCGAGCUACUAGGCUGGCAACAUCUGGUAACGGAAAAUAACGAGGCUGGUCAUGACUCGAGCGAGCAGAUACAGAAGCAAUACUAGCUCCAAAAUCUACCAAUUAUUCCAAUAUUACAGGCAACUUGGAGAUGGAAUCCUGGCACUACGACUGACGUAGUAUAUAGUUUCCGUUUGUCGGCAUUCAGGUUUGUUUUCUAGCACGCUGGAUGUGGCAUUUUUAUGUCCGUCAUCUCGGCUGAUUUGCUCACAUAAUUCGUUCAUCCAUAAGCGAGAAUGAUUUAGCUUGUCGUCAGGACAUCUUUUAGUUUAUUCGUCAGUAGGCUGUCUGAAUCCGUUGGCAUUGCUCUUGAUAUGUAAUGUGGGCGUUCUCAAAUGUUUGGUUUGUGUAUGCUGCCAGUAAAUGUGUCUUAUGUCCUGUCAGAGUCUGUCAUAUGUGACAGUUUAGUGUCUUACUGUCAGGUGACAGUAAAGUUGUGUUUUAUUUGUGUCUAGCCUGAAACAGAAUGUCAGUCUGUCCUCAAAUAGGAUGAGGCUUUUCUGUGUUUGGUUCAGUCAUGUGUUCAACUUUGUACUCGUGUUUAUGUUGUAUUCUUGGUCAGUUGUCAGCUGUCACAGUAAGGCUUGUCAGAUAGGAAUGUCAGUUUGUCAGGUCUCUCUGUCACUGACAUACUUGUGUGUCAGUCAAAAAUCAGACAAUGGUUAGGCCGUCUGACUUGCUUGUCCAGUUGGGGCAUUCCACGAUAGAUCGUACCAGGCCCGUCACCCUCAUCUCUCAGAUUUUAAUGAAAAUCGGUCCUAGGGGUAAUCAUAGGCCCCAAAGACGCCUGGCAAAAUAUCAGACUUCUCAGAUCAAAACUUUUUGAGUUAUAUUGCAUUACAUUUUUUUAACUUCGGUAUGUAACGGUGAGUUUGAUGGCCUAUAACUCAAGAACGGGUUAAGCAACCAACAAAAAGUAAACGACACUAAGCUUGCAAUGAAUCAAAAAUUAAUAUUACUAUUCAAAAAUUCCAAAGAAAAAAUUUCAUUGUUGAGCAAAAACCUUAAUCUUUUUUCAUUUGCCUCUAAUGACUUUUGGGACCAAAAUUUUUCACAUUUUUAUUUUUUCAAAAUAAUUUUCAUGUCAUUGCAAAUCGACAUGCAAAAAAUUAGAAAGGUGUUCUUUCUAUAAGUUCCUCAUUUUCCCGCAAACAAAAUGGGUUUCGGAGGGGUUUAUACGACCCCAGCACGCCGUUUCGCUUCUAAUAGAGCUAGAGCCUCGCGGAAAAAACGAGCGUGUGUGCCGUUACAAGUCGCAGCGAUUGGUACCCGAUUUUAAGGUCUCAGGUUAAGUGGUAGCGUCUGAGGUCAGGUCACGUGACUGAAGUUACGGGUUCGGUUUUUAGUAAAUAACUUCGCAAAAAAUGGCCGCAGAGCCGCGAUUUUGGCAUCAUUGUGUUCGCCUAGCUCAGGUGCAUCGAAUGGUAUACUUUUUGCUAGGGUGAGGUCAAUUUAAGUAGUUGACCUCGGGUCAAGGUCAGGUCAGAGCCCCUCAGGUCACGAAGCUGGGCAAAGGGUAUCAUAUGGCAUAUCAUUCGAUUCGGAAGGUCUUCCCGAGUCCAUUGGUGGCUUUCCCGACUCUCUAGCUCCAUUUGAUCGGGAGUUAUUGACCAAAAACUCGUACGACCCUUAUGACGUCAUAAAUGACGUCACGCAAGGUUAACAAUGCAAAAGUAAAGCAUUGGACUUUGCAAGGAGUGCAUGAAAUCACGAUACCAUGUACGUGGGAUAGUUUUAGAUCAUUCUCGGCGCCAAAAUAACAGUUUUUACAUUUCCCCAUUGAUUUAUAACAGUGAUGUCACGUGACCGACCUGACCUCAUGUAACCUUGAAAAAAUCCCAGAUAUACAAGUUGUGAGACCUCUGGAGGACACCAUGUAUGCGUCCUGUACCUUUCAUCUCGGACAGCUAUGGUCAUUGGCGUCCAAAACAAUGUCAGAACCAAGCAGCCUUUUUCACCCUCGCGCUUAUAGGAAAGAGGGUUGAAUGAACCUUCUUUUCACUUUUUCAGAUGACUCAGACUUGAAUUGAAAUUUCAGCAAUCCGUGAUGUCACUAGGCAGCUUUACCACGCCAUUUGUAAGCUCCCCUCCCGAAAUCACUAUUCGAAACCGUUAUCGUGACGUAAAAUAAAUACAUUUAUAGAAAGAACACCUUCCUAAUUUUUUGCAUACUUCUUAACAAUGAGCCAAAUAUUUUUUUAAAGAAAUAAAAAUUCAAAAAAAUUUGGUCCCAAAGUCCAAAAAAUACAAAUGAAAGAAAACUCGAUAUGUCAUAUAUCAAAAAUAGCGCAUUUUUCGAAAUUUCAAAAAUACAUAUUAAUCUCUGUUUCAUUGCAAGUUCAAUGUUAUAUAACAUUUGGCAUUUGAAUAAUCCGUCUUAGAGUUACAGCCCGCCAAACUUAGCGCUGCAAAGCAAGAUCCAAAAAAUGUUAUACACCAUAACUCAAAAAAUACUUAUCUGAUAAGCCUGAAAUUGUUACAGGAGGAUUCAGAGCCCCUGAUUACCCCUGAGACCAAUUCUCGUCAAAUUCCGAGAGAUGAGGGUGUCAAAUUGGAAAAAGGUGGUACGAUCUAUCGUGGAAUGCCCCAGUUGUGAAUUGUCUAUGUCCAAUGUCCGAUUUAUGGCUAGCUAUACCCCUGUCCGACUUCCGUUGUGUCUAAAAUAGACACUUGCGAGGUCGACAGAGUUCUAGUCGUUACGAGCCCUCCUGUUAGGGAGAAGGGCUCUAAUUGACGCCGGUUAAUGUCAGGAAAGGUACAUAAUUGUGGCUGGAUUCUACCGAGGACGAUGUUAGG